AUUAUUUUUAAAUGAAUGGCAACUAAUAACUUUUGAUCACUCGAAAAAAGAUGGCGACAGAUGCACUCACAGAUGAUGAUGAUGCUUGGUUAUAUGGCGAUAAUAACUCUGAGGAACAACGUAAAGAAGAAAUAAAUGCUAUAUUUGAUCGAGCAACAGAAGAAUUAGUUCCUGGAGAAGAAAAUUCAAUCACUACUAAUGGAGACCUUGAACCGAAGCCACCGGGUUCUGGCGAUAAUGAUAUUAUUUUACCUGAUGAUGAUCAAAAGUCGAAAGAGAAUGAUGAAGAAAAAGAUUCGGAUGAAGAUGAAGACUCGGAUGAUGAUGUCCAGGUUACUAUUGGUGAUAUAAAUACUGAACCUUCUUCAGUUUAUCCUUAUGGUGGAACUCCUGUGAAUCUUAACAUUAAGAGGGGAGGAGCAUUCAGCAGUGGUGCUGGUAUAGCAGGAGGAAAAACUAAAGGAAUUGAUUUGGAUACUGUUGGUCUCAUCAAUGGAGUUUCUUUGUAUGAAUUCAACUUAGAUACUAUUGAAGACAAGCCAUGGAGAAAGCCUGGUGCUGAUAUUACUGAUUAUUUUAAUUAUGGAUUUAAUGAAGAUACAUGGAAAGCUUAUUGUGAAAAACAGCGUAAAUUGCGUGUUGAUAACCAUGCCGCUCCAAAGAUGGUGCAGAUCAUACCUGGAAAAGAUCAACAAAUUCCUAUUGCUACUGUAAAUGAAAACAGUAAAUACUCUGGCAUAAGUGCUGCAAUUAAGAAAGCUGGUCCUCCUCCUGGCAGAAGAAUGUCUGGAAGUAUUGAUGUCAUUUGUGGGGCUACUAACUCAAGGCGGUCUGGCAAUGCCAAGGAAAAUGUCAUACAGGUAAUCGGUAGUUAUGAAGGAACAUCAUUGCCUCCAGGUUUACCUCCAACACAUUUACCACCACCAUUUAUACCCCCAAAUUUAUCAGUACCUCCGCCUGGUUUACCACCUGGUAUACCCCCUCCUAACAUUCCACCGCCACCAGGCACUUUACCGGGUCAUGUGCCACCUUUUCCUGAUUUGUAUGGCAAUCCAAUUUUUUCACAGCCGCCACCUCCCGUACCUGGUGUCAAUGUGGAUUCCAAUUCUCAAUAUGAUGAACAAUUCUUUACCGGUAGCUCACGCAAUUUUGACAACAACUCAGAAUCCCAACAUAGCUGGACUAAUUCACCUCAUCGUGAUAGAGAUCGUGACAGAGAAAGAGACAGGGAUCGAGAUAGAAAUCGUGAUAGGGAUAGAGAUAAGGAUAGAGAGCAUUACUGGGAUGACAGGGGUCGUGAUCGACCUCCUGGUCGCAUUCCCACAACUGAAGAUGAUUAUAAGAGAAGGGAUAGAGAUGAGUAUGAUAGGAGGCGUUACCGAGAUUAUCGCGACCGUAGGGACAAAGACCGCUAUGACCGAGAGUAUGACCGCGAUCAUUAUGAUAGGGACAGAGACAGGGAUCGUGAUCGAGACAGCCGUGAACGGGAUCGAGAUCGCAGACACAGAGAUCAUAAGGAUAGAGAGGAUCGUCAUAAGGAAAGAUCAUCUCGUCGCCGUCAUCAUCAUGAAGAUGAGGAAGAGCACCAUUCGUCGUCCUCCCGGCAUAAGCACAAGAAGACCAAGCGCGAGAAAGAUGAUGCCGCCAAUCCUACUCAAGAGGGUUCAGAGAGCCAAACACAACCAGAGAAUGAAGAAGAAGAAGAAACUAAAUAAGAAAAAUUCUUCAUUUUCUGUUUAAUUAGUUUAGCAAAU